CAGGAUAAAUAAGAUAUCUUUCGUCCUCCUGGAGCUUGCUGGUUCAAGCUUGUGUCUUCGACUACCUCUAUGUAAACAAACUACGCAAUGGAAGCCGGGUCAAUUCCAGAAACACCUCCUCCACCCUAUCAGACUGUACCUCCAACUCCGACACAAACACCAAAUCAAAGUCAUGCUGUGCCAGCAACAACACAUGGACCUUCCCAAAUAAACCCAAAUGUAGUCUAUACACCUGCAUUUGGUGUCCCACCUCAUGUCCACAAGGUACAUCCGCAGUAUCAUGCCAACUUGAUAACUCUACCUUUUCGACCGGUACAUCAUUAUACACAUACUAUUCCACACCAACACCCUGGGAAUCAAAUGUAUUAUGCGCACCAUGUUGGAGGUCAUACUGCGGUACCAGCAGCUCCUGCGCCUCCCAUCAUUCCACGACCGCAACAGCAACGCCAAUGGCAGUCAUAUCUUCAUCUUGGUUCACUCUCAGCCACCUUAAAUGAUGCCGGCAAUCUUGCGGUUGAAGUUUAUGACUCGCUAACGAGUCAUAAGCCAACUAAAGAACAGUAUGGAGGAGCGUUAGAUGCUGUUGCUGUGAGGUUGGAUGAUGUUCUUACUUCAAUGGACGAUGGAACAUACAGAGUAGAGUCUACAGACCUAGGGGAAUAUCUUCCGGUCCCACGCAAGGAAUCAAUUGAAUUAACGCAUACCCUAGCUAUGGCCGAGAAUCAGGUCUUUGCCAGCACGGAUGCUUCUGCAUCAUCUGUAAAUGCAACGACUAUUGCACGUAUACCAGGAUCUUCAACCAAUCCAUUCUCCAAAGUCUACCACUACGCCAACGCUUACACCUCCUCUGCACUUCCUCCACUGAAACUGUACUUUGCGACCUGGCCCCUGAUCUGUCUUGCAUCGACAUAUUCCCGACGGGCAUACGAGAAACCGUCGAGCAAAGAACGGCAGAACUUUAUCUCUGGGGACUGGAGACGCGGUACCAAGAGCGUAGUGCUGAAAUCAAUCCCUCUUGACGAGAAGAACACAAUUGUUCUAGCCAUCCGUGGCACGCAAAGUUUUCAAGACUGGGCCGUCAAUAUUCGAACCGAACCUACUGCGCCUACAAAUUUCCUCGAUGACGAAGGCAGUCUAUGCCAUGCGGGCUUUUUAAGCGUUGCUAGGAAGAUGAUUAAGCCUGUUGCAGCGCAGUUGCGAGAUUUGCUCCAGGAGAAUCCGCGACGGGCGACUUGCUCCCUGGUUCUUACAGGCCAUAGCGCUGGGGGAGCUGUAGCGUCACUUUUAUACUGCCAUAUGCUAUCGCAGACGGUAUCCAGCGAAUUGACCGAACUGCAGGAUCUCUUCAAAAGAGUUCACUGUGUGACUUUCGGCGCACCACCAAUCUCAUUGUUACCCUUACAAAAGCCAACUGGCAAGCCACGGUAUUACAAGAAUAUCUUCUUCGCAUUCGUCAAUGAGGGUGACCCAGUCGCUAGAGCUGACAAAGCCUACGUCAGGAGUCUGCUAGAACUUUACGCGCGACCAGAUCCUCGGCCCUCGUCCUCUUCACUCAAGUUACCUUCUUGCUCUUCCGAUAGUAAGAUCACGACUAUCAGUGGCAAGGGGAAACCAACAUGGAACGUCCCUGAGGCAACACUCUCGUUGGCUGGACGUAUCAUCGUUCUUCGGACCCGUAAGUUUUCGUCCUCUUCGUCUCCUCAUCGAUCAUCAAAACAUCAAGGAGAUAGCAAAAGGAAGAAGACAAGCUCGUCCUCCUCGAACAUAUCACUGGAGGCUGUAACUGCUUCCGAUGCUGAACUCAGAGGUCUGAUCUUCGGUGAUCCAUUGAUGCAUACGAUGGACUUGUAUGCACAACGAAUUGAGCAGCUAGCUACUAAGGCUGUUGUUGGAUCGAGCGUUCCAUAG